AUAAAUCUGCGUUGCGCCACCAACACAUCAUCUGUGCGGUUGCGUUGUCACUCACCCUUUUUGCUUUUUAUCAUGUCUCCAACUAUCUUGGCUGUACCGGGUGCAUGGCAUACCGUCGAGUCAUUCGAGCCCAUAAAGAAAAUCUUCACGCAAAAGGGAUACCAAUUCGUCAGCCAAAAUGCACCAGGAUUACAUGAUGCAAACGCCACUUGUCAAGACGAUGCUGAAUCACUACGGACGAAAGUCCUACUCCCGCUUGUUGAGGAUGGCAAGGAUAUCGUGGUGUUGAUGCAUUCUUACGGCGGAAUGUAUGGUUCACAGGCUGUUCGAGGCUUAAGCAAGAAAGAGCGGGAACAAGCGGGUAAAAAAGGUGGUGUAAUCGCCCUGAUCUACGUCUCGGCUGUCACACCCGUUGAAGGGAAAACAACCUUGGACAUGAUGGGCACAGACGCAAAGAAUCUUCCUCCGUGGGUUGAAUACAACGAGACAACGGGCUGGGUCAAAUUCACAGGGGCAAAAGAAACAAUGUAUCACGACAUCUCCGACACAGAAGCAAAGUAUUAUAUCUCUUUGCUAAAAGACCAAGCGUUGAAUAGUAUGAACACGCCGAUUUCUUAUUCUCCGCUUACAGAUGAGAAUUAUAAGGGAAAGGCAGGUUAUGUUAUCUGCGGGGCUGAUCGUGUUGUGCCCCCGGCGGGACAGGAGAUGUAUGCGGCUGUAGGGGGGAUCGACAGGAAAGUGACAGUUGAGAAGGCGAGCCAUGCUUUUUUUGCUACUGCGGCUGAGGAGACUGUUGAUGCGGUUCUUCAGCUGGUGGAGAGCUCAAGUUUCCAUCCCUGUCUUGCAGGUUGGGGGUUAGAAUUAGAGUCUCAGAUUAAUCACGGGAAUUUGAAGUUUUGAGGAUAUU